GUUCGACAAUGGUCAGGUGAGGAUGUGAUUCGACGCCCUGAUGACGUAAAAAAGGCGGAAAAAUGUUAAACAAAAUGAGAAAAGUGACUCCCAUUUCGCUUUUUAGAGUGGAAAUCACCCUGUGUAUAGUGUUAAGUGCCAUAUCCGUGACAAAAUCCCAGUUUCGUAACGACCAGGACCAAGAAUACUAUCGCUACAACAGAGAUUACCCAGGAUACACGACCCCGCACUCGGUCCGCUCGCAAUACAACAGCGGCGACACCUACUACGGCACAGACCGUCGAUACGACACCCGCUUCGACGACCCGACUCGAGUUCGGGGCUUCGACAACCGCUUCCAAGAGCAGAGCUAUCGGUAUGGAGAGGACCAAGGUCGUUAUGGGUCGAACCGCUAUGACGCGAGGGGGCGGGAACGACCAGGGUACGAUGGACGACCCUUCGACUCGCGCAAUGUCAACGGAAAGCUGGGGGUCCUCGAUCACUGGAGACCCGACCUGCAGGGGCAGCAACGGCCGUCCGAAACUCCUGGCAUCAACCUCCCCCUGGCGGACCUCUUCGUCACCACCGACAGCGGGAAGGUGCAGGGCUUCUACGUGUACCUGUACGACAAGCCCGGCGUGCGUCCGGCGGAUAGGCCCGUGCAGAAGCCCAUCCAUCAGCAAAGGCACAUCAUGAAUAUCUCGACCUUCUUAGGGAUCCCGUACGCUAGGCCGCCGAUAGAAGAAGGGCGGUUCAAGGUAAUGGCAAUGCACGCCGUUGGUUGAUAGAUAGAAAGGAGU